AUGUCUGCGAAACAGGAUAAAAGCGACAUAAACGGUAUCGAGAACAAACUGAGAGCGGCUAAUAAAGCAGACCUUAACGCGAAUGUAUUACCUUCUGAUAUUGACGUUCCCGAUGGGGGAUACGGAUGGUUUGUUCUUCUGGCUUUUGUUCUAUACAAUUUCUGUACUUGGGGAGCAAAUUCCGGUUAUGCUAUCUAUUUGGCAUAUUACUUAGAUAACAAUACGUUUGCUGGCGGAGAUAAGUUAGAUUAUGCAGCUAUUGGUGGGUUGGCAUUCAGUAGUGGACUUUUAUUUGCUCCUGUUAUAACAUGGCUUUACCAUGUAUCUUCGGUUCAAGUCAUUAUUGGCUUGGGGAUUUUGCUUCAAGGAGCAGCUCUUCUACUAGCAGCUUUCUCUACAAAUCUCUGGGAGCUUUAUCUAACGCAGGGCGUCUUGAUUUCAUUUGGCUUAGCAUCUAUCUUAAUACCUAGCAUUACAUUGAUCCCGCUGUGGUUCAGAAAGAAAAGAUCACUGGCCUCUGGGAUAGGAACUGCCGGAAGUGGCUUAGGAGGUAUCGUAUUUAACUUAGGGAUGCAAAGUAUUCUAGAAAGAAAAAGUGUUAAAUGGGCACUUAUCGCUCAAUGCGUUAUAUGCACAUCACUUAGUGUCAUUGCACUUACGUUAACUAGGACAAGAACUCAAGGCACAAGCCAGCACAAAAAGUACAAGUUUAAAUUGUUAGAUUGGGAUGUACUCUCAAAUUUCGGGGUUUGGUUGCUUUUCGGGUUUGUAUCGUGCGCUAUGUUAGGAUACGUCGUUCUUUUAUAUUCCCUAUCUGCUUUUGCCAUGAGUUUGGGCUAUACAAGCAAGCAAGGCUCAUACGUAUCAUGUAUGGUGAGUGUAGGCUCUUUGGUAGGGAGACCAAUCGCAGGCUAUAUCGCUGACAAGUAUGGACCAUUGACAGUUGGUAUGAUAUUGCAUCUUGUCAUGGCUAUUCUCUGUUGGGCUAUGUGGAUACCAUGUAAAAAUCUGGCCACUGCGGUAGUCUUUGGAUUGUUAGCCGGUUCUAUUAUGGGAACAAUUUGGCCAACAAUUGCUUCUAUUGUUGCACGCAUUGUUGGUCUCCAAAAACUAGCUGUUACUUUUGGCGUCACUUGGAUUUUUAUUGCCGCCUUUGCCUUAGUCGCUCCAAUAAUUGGUCUGGAGCUUCGCACGACUGACACAAAUGGAAAUGAUUAUUACCGGACCGCAAUCUUCGUAGGAUUUUCGUAUUUCGGUGCGAGUUUAUGCCAGUGGUUAUUGAGAGGAUUUAUAAUAGCUCGAGACCAAAUUGCUGUGAGCGAGGGUUAUUCGACUGAUCAAAACGAACUACAUAUAAAUGUUAAAAGUUCACAUUUCAGCAAAUGUCUCUUCCGUUACCGACAAUUACCAAGGAGAGUUUAG